AUGACGAUGCCGUUGUACUUAGUGAAUUCUGGGAAGCACCCGUUACUAGGCCGCGAGUCGUUGAAGAAAAUAGCGGUGGACUUGAACAACAUGUUCCAGGGCUCGAGGGUUGUGAAUACGAUUGCUGCAACUAUUUCCCCACGUCGUGAUUCUGCAUUCGAGGAAGUUUUGGAGAAGUACCCGAAGGUUUUCGAGGACUCGAUCGGAAAGAUUUCCCACGUUCAAGCUAGCCUACCAUGGAAGAACAAUGCUCGAGCCGUGUUUUUGAAGGCACGGAAGAUACCCUUCAAUAUGCAGAGCGCGGUUGAGGACGAAUUGGAGAAGUUGGUUGCAGAGGGUCUGCUCACGAAAGUUAACUCCAGUAACUGGGCAACACCGAUUGUGCCUGUGAAGAAGUCGCAGAACUGGGUGAGGAUUUGCGGAGACUACAAGCAGACCGUGAACCCGAACCUCGUGGUGGACAAGUAUCCGCUGCCAACUGUGGAUGAGCUGUUUGCUUCGCUAGCGGGAGGAAAGAAGUUUAGCAAGAUUGAUCUCAUCCAAGCGUAUCUGCAACUGGAAGUAGCUCCGGAGGAUCGUGAAAUACUAACGUUGAGUACUCACCGUGGUAUUUACCGUCCGAAUCGUCUAAUGUACGGCAAGGCAUAG